UUUUAACCCUUUGUUCCUAAAUUCGACUUUUGCCCCCGCUAUGGAGCGAGCCCGACGAUCCGCCAAUUCCCCGCAAACCUCCCCACAUUUUCUAGGACCAUUUCAGCAACCUUUCCGGCAGCUCAAUGGAACAUCUCGCGGCCGUCGGAAUAAUCUCGUCCGCUUUAGCCUAGAAGGAGAGGCACGAUGAUGUCGACACGCAUUGUGUCAUAGCUUCUGAUGGCAUAUGAAGCUCAGAUAUCCAUAGGAAUCUGGUAAGGCUACCUCCAUAAGCCCCCAACAAUCUCAGGACUUCCAUAAUGGCCUCACUCAAAGUCGCCGCCAUCUCCCUUGCAGCCUCCGCUGUCUACGCAUACCCAACGACAGACCACUCCGGAGCCGAAUACCUAAGCGUACCAAAGACUGCAGGAGGAGCUUCGAUACCACAUAGCAACUCCUUUGCCUCGUUUUCUUUCGAACCUGCCUUCUGGGUUGAGUUCUUUGGCAACGCUAGCACUCCGAACAACCUUACCUUCAGUGCCUUGAACAGAAUCCAUGAGCAUGGCGGAAGUCCUGUGAUACGACCUGGCGGCAUCACCAUGGACAGUAUGGUUUUCGACGCAGACGGUGGCGACGUGGUGCGUACCACUAGCCCGGAAGGCGGCGUAUGGCGAACUACAGUUGGACCCGACUACUACAAAAGCUGGAGUAAUUUCCCCAAUGGCACCAGAUUCAUCUCAACUCUCAAUUUUGGCAAUGAGAGUUUGAAAAUUUCUACAGGCCUCGCAGUCGCAUCGCUCACCUAUCAAUCAGAUAAGGUCGCAUACCUCGAGCUUGGUAACGAGCCGACCAACUAUGACGAGAGUCGGUGGAAUGACUCGACUGCAGCCUACGUGCAGCAAUGGAAGCAGUACACAGCUAGCAUAGAUACCGCGCUGGAUGCUUUGAACAGUUCGGAUCUGCCUCAAGAGCGCUGGUGGGCAUCCUCUGCCACGACCGAUGACUCAGGCCUCGAAGUUCGACCUGCUGCACUCAUUCCAGCAGGUAUCGACUCAGAAGAUCAGGUCGGCAUAUAUUCGAUACAUUCAUACGCCUUCUCAACCUGCGAUCCAAAACGCGCCGCCUUGGCCACUAUCGAAAACAUCCUCAAUCAUACCGAGCUCGCACGCUACUGUGACGAAGAAAUAUAUCCGUCUGCCCGCGCUGCUCUUGACGCCGGAAAAAGUUGGAACAUCGGCGAGUUCAACUCCGUCUCUUGCUCUGGAGCUCCAAACGUUACCGAUACAUUCGCGCAAGCACUCUGGGUCAUUGAUAGCGAGCUCAUCUACGCCACAAGGAACGCCAGUUCUACGCAUCUACACCAGGGGGCUACACUUGCUCUUCAGUCGAACGAACAGCUCAACACGCCCGGUGCAAACGGUAGUCCGGGGUUCAGCACUUAUUCGAUGCUGUACCCCCGCGACAGCGAGUUGAGAGGUCCAGCACGAACGCUACCAUCUUUCCUCGCGCAGCUUUUCAUGGCCGAGGCAUUUGCUGUGCCUGAAACACGGGUACGCGCUCUCGAGCCACCUCCUGGUGUUGAUUCAGAAUCAUUCUCUGCAUAUGCGUUUUACGUCGACGAUCACCUAUCGAAACUAGCACUUAUCAACAUGAAGCCAUUCUACGCCAACUCGACCGAGGACUUCUCGGUACGUGUUGAUCUAUCGGGCGCAGUGGGUUCCGAUGGCGGAUGUUUGGGUGUGAAGAGAUUGACAGCACCGUUUGUCAACACUGGGAACAGCUCGUUGACAUCUUGGGCUGGACAGUCAUUUCCUCAGGGUGAGCCCAUAAGUAACGUGGUAGUCGAAGCGGUCGGGACAGAUGCUGUAGUAAAGGUGAGAGGUAGCGAAGCAGUACUUGUGUUCUUCGAUAAAACCAACAUAUAUGGUAUCGCGUGAACAGUGCGUUUGUCGCGCAGGCCCUUCUGCGAGAUGGAAAUGAUCAAUUCAAGCUCUGGGAUUGAGACGUUGGGAUUGGAUGGUCGGCACAGUGUUGCAUCGUGGCUUAAGCCAAGUUGCGCUGGUGGAGAUCGGAAGCAGUCGCGAUCCUUCAGCCCCCGUUGCUGGCUAGCGUGC